CAAAGAUACUGAUAACAGAAAAUUCAGCUGCUGUGCGCAAUGCUUGGUUCUGGCGUCGAUCAGAUGGUUUGACUAUUAUGCCUUUGUUAAGUCAGGUAUAAUGUCUUACGAAGGAAUAUUAUAUUUCAGGAGCCUUUUGUAAAUCAUGGUCGCCUAGAAGAUUUAUAUGACAUACAACAAAAAAUUGGAGAUGGGCACUUCGCAGUCGUCAAUCUUUGUGUAUGCAAAAGUUCGAAUAAAAAAUAUGCAGCCAAAUUCAUAAUGCGGCAACGGAUUAACACGGGACUUCAUGGAUCGAGCGUUUCUGAUAUUGAUCGUGAGGCUUUCAUUCUAGCAAAUUUACAACAUGAAAAUAUUGUUAACUUGCAUGAAGUUUUCUAUCAAGAAGAUUCUGUUGUGCUCAUUUUGGAUCUAGUAACUGGUGGUGAGCUGUUUGCACGCGUAGCCGAUUGUGAGCGUUUAUCAGAGGAGGAAGCUUCAAAUUUUGUCCAGCAGAUUCUUCUAGGUGUUCAACAUAUGCAUGGUUUGGGGAUUGUUCACUUGGAUUUAAAGCCUGAGAAUAUCAUGAUCGAAGACUUGGCAUCCAGAAAGAUAAAAAUCAUUGAUUUUGGCCUAGCUAGGGUGCUAAAUCCAAAUGAGAGCUUUCAGGAUAUGGCAGGAACGCCGGAAUUUUGUGCUCCAGAAAUUGUCAAUUACGAUCCGAUAACCUUUGCAACAGAUAUGUGGGCCGUUGGGGUAUUAACUUAUAUUUUAUUGACUGGCAUUUCACCAUUUGCUGGAGAUACACAACUUGAAACAUUUCAAAAUAUUCUCGAUUGUAUUGUAGAUUAUUCAAGAGAGGAAAUACAAAAUGUUAGUGAUCUAGCUAAAGAUUUCAUUCAGAAGCUGUUGGUGAAAAAUCCCAGAAAAAGAUCUUCAGUUAAUGACUGUCUUCAACACCCUUGGAUUAAACCUAAAGAUAAUAAACAAUCCAAUUAUCGACGGGAUAGUCUAAUAAGCAGAGAAAAAUUGUCUAGUUUACGACAUUUUAUAGCUACUAAUCCAAAUGCCAAUGUUUUAUCGUUCAAUAAUAAUAAUAAUAAUAACAAUACAGAAGGGCAAGAUAAGUCACCAUCUUCGCCAACAUCACCAUUAUUUUCUGUUGAUGUAAGUGAAAAGGCACGGUCUUCAUUACCUGAUAAUUCCAUUGUCAAGAAAUUCCAAAAUACAUUACCGUUAGACGAAAGCACAUCUGAAUCACAUAGGUCAAGCGAAACACUUGAAAAUAAACAACUCUGCAAAAAAGUAUCAAAUCAGAACGAGAAGAACAGUAAUAAUGUUAGUAGUUUAGUGAAUAGUGAAAAAAUCUCAAUGGUAAACCAUAUAUUACAAACAAAAAAUUCAUCACCUUUCAAAACAAACACUAAUGCUUGCUCAACAAAUUUGAAAUCACCUGUUAUCUCCCGUCUAAACAACUAUCAAACUGCUGAAAAUCGAAAUAAUCAAGGAAAUACUGAGAUCAGCUCAUCAGACUGUUCCAUUCCGAUUAACAGUGUAAAAACAUUGAACGCACGCAAUUCACCUCCCGACUCUGUAUCUAAAACCAGUUCUUCAAUUAUUAAUAAAACCAAUAAUAAUAAUAAUAAUAAUAAUAAUAAUAAUUCCAAUACAAAUAUCAAUUCGAAAAUAUUCAAUGAUUUGACUAAUGAUAAAACUUUAUUAGAUUCUACUUCGAAUAAAUCUACUAACAAUAAUAAUAAUACAAGUCAUAGUGCUACUGGUGGUGGUGGUUGGCGUGUAAACUUUCCAAAUAAUAUAAUUGGUCGAUUAGGUGCAGCAUUUGCAGCUGCAACUGGACAUGUCACUACUUCAGCACAACAUAAUACUUCAACUGAAGUUGAUUCUUCUCAUGAUAACCAGUUAUCUGUUUCAGUCAAAUCAUCUAGUACUUAUUCCUCUACUACUUCUUCUUCGACUACUACUGAUCGUAGCAACAACGAUAUCACUACUGCUACUACGUCUGCUGCAAAUAAAAAUUUCAAUUUUGUUCAAUUAACUACUAAAGAAAUGACUAGUCAAAUUAAUUCAUCGAAAUUUUCAAUUAAAACUAAUAAUAAACAAUCCUAUUCAUCCUUCGGUGCUGUUUCUAGAGCAGUUCAAGAAUUAGAAAUAACAGCUAGUCCUGUAAAUAAUAAUUCAACAAUGACUAAUAAUAAUAAUAAUAAUAAUGGUAAUAUGGGUGAUUUGAAAAUUGUUCGUAGAUUUCAAAAUUUAGGAAUGAAUCAGUUAACUGAAACAAAAUGUGUGAAUCGUCCUAUAAUGAAUGGAUAUAUAAAUGAAAAGGCUAAUUCACAUCGUGCAUCAUUGACUAAUCCAUCGAAUCGAUUGAUGGUCAGUAAAUUACAAGAAAUCUUUGAAAGUGGCAAUGUGAAAUCGUCAUCUAGUGGUAGUCAAAACAAUCGGACCAAUAAAUCACUUGUGUCUGCUAGUCAUAGUAAUAAUAAUAAUAAUAAUAAUAAUAAUAGUAGUAAUAAUAGUGAUAACAAUAGAAACAAUAAUAGUAUACCGGUUAAAUCUGAUACUACCACUAAGACUACUACUACUACUGACUGUACUACUACCACUACUACUACUACUAUUACAACUGUUACUACCAGUAAACGUCUUUCCACCAAUUAAUUAAUACAUAUUAUCCUAUCCUAACAAGUGUAUGUGUGUGUAUUAUUCUCUUCAAUUUUUUUUCUUGAUUUCUAUUCACAUACAGUUCUUUUGUCUUUUUCAGUUUUACUAGAAAAUCUUUUCGUUUGAGCUGAAUUUUUUUCUUGAUUUCCGAAAAAUUGAAUCAUGUCUUAAUGUGUUUAUGAUGAACACAUCUUUUUUUUCUGUUAUCCCAUGUUAAGUAUUAUACCGCGUUAGUGGAGUUAGUUUUCUUUAAUCAUAAAAAUAACUCAAAGAAAUAACAUCACAAUGUAAUGACUAACUCCAUUGAUAUUACUCCAUCACAUUGUCAACAUCCAUCCUUGUUUUUUUUUUCUUAAAUCAAAUAAUCCAUUUGAAAACUGUGACAUAAUAUCCAAUGUGUACAUGAAUAUGAAUCUUUCACACUCAGUGAUAAUCAUUCUCUUAUUCCUUUUUCUUAUUGUAUACUACUCAUGUAUGUGUGUUAGUGCGCCUUUUGUUCAUCAUCAUUUUCAACUGUACCCUUACAUAAUGUACAUAUUACUUACUUGUAUAAUAAUAUCAUGAAGAAAAAAAAAUUUAUUUUUAGUCAACAAAACCAAAACCGAAAAAAAACACAAGACUGACCAACUACUACACACAGAAGAUAAAAAUAAGUUUAUAUAUAUAUAUAUAUUCAUUUUAUGAUGCCACAUUCUUUUCUAGAUAAUUAUUUCUUAUGAUUGGUUUUUAUGACUCUGUGUGUGUAUGUGUUUUGUUUGUUUGUUUUGUUUUUUUUUCAUCAUCGUUAUCGUUCAAAUGCUCUGAUCCAUCUAUCACCAGCCUCAUUCUACCUCCUCUUUCAUCGUUCUAUGUGUUCGUUGGCAUGUGUGUGUGCGUGUUUGUGUGUGUGUAUGUGUAUAUCGUCUCUUUAUUACAAUCACUUUGAUAAUGUUGAUAUUUGUUUUGUCUUUUUUUUUUCUUUUCUCUUUCUAUAUUUUAUUAUUUGUGAUGAUAAAUAAAUACAUAAUAAUUGACAAUGAAUAAAUAAUAUGGAUUAUCAUCAAGUGUACAUCGUAUUCGUAGUUAAAAAUUUCUUUUCAAUUAAUUAAUUUAUUUUAGAUUGUAUAUUUUUCAUUAAUUUCGGGUUGAUUGCUGUUACUUUGGGUUUUUUUUCUUUUUGAGUGUUCCAUAUUUAAUAAAUUGGGUGUGAAAGAGUGACAAAAAAAGAACACAUCACAUUUACUAGUAGUCUACUCUAUUAAAUCCCUGAAAAGAAAAAAAAUUCUCAAAAAUAUCUCACAUAUAUCUUGUUCGUAGAAUAUAAUUAUAUGAAUAUAAUAUAAU